UGAGCUUCUCAUCAGUUUUACAUGGUAUCAGAGUGGGUUACAAAACUCGAUAAACAACCAUUAUUGAUGGCAAGGUUUUGCCGCAGACUACCUCACCCUUAGAAAUUUUUUCAUCAUCGCUAUCAUGGCUGAUGAAACUCCAAAAUCCUGCAAAAUCCAGAAACAAACUUCCUCAUCACCUUAUUUUCUCAACUCAUCCGAUAGUCCAGGAAACAUUUUAGUUUCGUGCCCACUUAAGGGGGAAAAUUAUCCCACAUGGCUUCGGGCAAUGUCGAAUGCACUUCGAGCAAAGAACAAGUUUGGUCUUGUUGAUGGAUCAAUUUCCAAACUUGAUGAUGAUGAUCCAGAUGCACAAGCUUGGGACAAAUGCAACUCAAUGGUCACCUCUUGGUUGUUUAAUUCUAUUGUUCCAGAAUUACUUGAUGGUGUUGCAAACUUAGAGAAGGCUUGUGAUGUGUGGAUUGACUUAGAAGAAAGAUUUUCACAAGGCAACGCUCCAAGAGUACACGAACUGAAGAGGGAGAUAGCCUUUGCACAACAAGUGAGUCACGACCCUUCAAUUGAAUCAGCUACUUUUACUGUGAAAAAUUCAACUAUCCAAGGAGACAACGUGAACAAAUCUCAAGAUCAACCACCAAAAUGGAAGAAGGGUGCUAAUAUGAAUAGAAUUCAAGAUCAGUCCACAAACUGGAAAAUUGGUUGGCAAAACAGGGGGAGUUCUUUCAAGGAACAUUAUGGAUUUUCUAAUGUAGCAAAUAAUGCUACCAUGGUUGAUAACGCUAUAAUGGAUCAAUCUAAUGCUUCUCCAUCAAAAUUGAGCUCAUCUACAUCUCCAGUCACAAGGUUAACUCUGAACAAUAUGACCAGUUAAUGUCCUUACUCUCUAAACAACCCAGUGUGUCAAAUUUUGUUGGUAAGAGCUCCCAAAAUCCUUCUAAUAAUUUCUUUUGGAUUAUUGAUAGUGGUGUUUCAGAUCAUAUGACUUGUCACAAAAAUCUUUUGCUUAAUCCUAAUUCUUCUCAGUGUUUUCAGUUGGUUCAAUUACCAAAUGGUUCCAACCUCAAUGUUGAUUGUAGUGGGGAUCUUCAAUUCUCCUCCCACAUCCUUUUAAAUAAUGCUCUUUAUAUUCC